ACGGGUCAUACGAAAAGCCCCGCAGCCCGCACCCGCAAGCCGUAAACCGCAAGUUGAGUUUAUUUCUGUAAAGCGCUUCGAGCUGAACAGACGUGAUUAUUUUAGUGCUAAAAAUUAACUGUGAUUAUUUUCGAAUAUUUUCCAAAGAAUCUUUGAAGCAACUACUCUCUAAUAACUAACCGAAAAUGCUUUCCCAAAACAUGCAAGAAGAAGCAAAACUUGACGCUAUGCAACGCCACUGGCAAAUACUCCGCCGUGGACCUUCUUCUUCAACAGCCUUUUUUGAAGAAGCUAAUGAGACUGAAGAUUUAUUAACUUUACCAUUGCAAAAUUCUCAUGUUGAUGCUCAGAGAGGUGCCUGUGUGCCACUUCUGAAAAAUUUAAGCUGUGAUUUGGAUAGUGAUUCUGAAUUUCUAGAUUUACAUGAACGUUGUCUAACACCCAAGCCAUCGCAAGUGCCUGAGGUCCAAGAAACACCAGUAAAAUCUUCAUUGAAAUUGGAUGCCGCCUUUCUGGGAGACAUUCCAGGACAGUACACUAUCUGUGCCGUCGAACCCCAUCAACUGCCCGUUGUUGGGGUUUACAUCGACCCAAGAGUGGUCCCUGGUUUUAAAUACCGAAUCAGACCUCUCCCAGAAGUCGGCCGUCCUUCUACCACUAAUAAAUGCCUGUUUGAUAACAAGGCUUUGACUUUGCAGUCAAUUGGUAGAGGAUAUGCUAGACGUUUUACUUUCGAAGCUGAUGAGAAUCAAUUGAACAACAACGAGAACUAUUUCUGGAGCGACAACAGGCCUGAAGGUUACGCUUUUGAGCUGGAGUUGCUGUCUGAAGGGGACAAGUUCACGUUCUUCAAUCCCAAUGGUGAAGCUGAAGGAACAGUAGAAGUACUUUCUAUCGAGGCCCCUCAAAUUGAAAUUUUUAGCUCUUUAGCAAAAGGUGUCAUUGACAAGAAAGCCACAGUCGCAUUUACAGGUAAAGUUGAGUAUUAUGAGACUGGUGUGGCUAAACCUGUGAAUCUUACUGGUACUGUGUUGUCACGUAAAGUGAAAGGCAGAUCUUCAGCUGAGAUCGUUAAGAUCACCAAAGUUAGUAUCAAUAAGCACAGGUGUUAUCUGUUACCUGGCAUACAAAAGAUUCACAGAAGAUUUACUGUUAGAGGAAAAGAUAUUAACGAUGUUCCGACGAAAUAUACUAUGACUGGAUUGGAAUCCUUUGAAAUUCCCGUUGUAGGUACUUACGUUGAUUCAAGAAUCAUCCCUGGUUUCUGCUACAAAGUCAGACCAAACGACAGGAAAGAUCAUCUCUUUGGAGGAAGAGCCUUAAAACUGCUUAGUAUUGGUAUGGGUUAUGCCAAGAGACUUACUUUCCAACCAGAUUCUCUAGUGGAACCAGAUAACUAUCUAUGGUCCGACAACCAUCCCGACGGUCUAGGUUUGGAACCAAGAGCAGUACACAAGGGUAUGGAAUUCAUCGUCAAAGCUGGCGAUAUUGUCCUAGGCGAAGCUCAAGUCUUUAGAGAUGAUCUUCCUCAAUUUGAGCAACAUAUGGAAAAGAUACAGACUCCAUCUGGUGUAGCAAUCCAAAAAUACAUCCACGUUGACGUUUUCUGCCACAUCCGACUUGAAGCAACAGUUGGAGCUUCAAUAGAAAACGACCUACAUCUCAUGAGAAUCUCAGGAUUAGCGGUAGUUCGAAAAGAACCGAGGGCAUCUGAAGCCCACGUUAUCAGGGUAGAAAAUGUUGGUUUUGACUCUCAAUUAGCCCUUCUUUUCACGCAGACCUACAUGGAACUGACAUUCGUUCCUAAACAUUAUUAAAUGAUCAGUCUAUAGAGAAAGCAAUAAGAGGUAUAUGCUCUACCACCUACCUUCUAAUUGACACGACUCUUCCUGUUUAUUUCAAACUGGAAGUAGAUGAAUUUCUAAUUUUACUUAAAAAUGAUUUGUCAAUGAUAGUGAUGUAAGAUAGUUAUCGAUCUCAGAAUGGAGAUAUUUAAUUUAACAAUCAAAGAAAUAGUCACCACAAUCUACUUACAUCACUUUUUGAAUUCAAUAGUCAAAUACAUAGCUUUUAUUACUUUACAAGAUUUAUACAAUUUGUCACCGCAAAAAUGUAGAGGUAAUAUCUCUUAUGCAAUACUUCUCUAUAUUUGAUGAUCUGUGGUGUUCUAGCGCACCAUUUGCUUACAGAAGUCUGCUUGAGCUGAUGUAGCUUGAUUUUAUGAGUAUUGAUUUUUUUAGGCUAUUAGUUUAGGUUGUACUUAUUUUAUUUAAUAUUAACUUAUGUAAGCUACUUGAUUGUUAUACAAUUCUUUACACAAACUAUAUGACAUGUUUACAUAUUGUUUUUAUUGAAUUUGUUUAUAUUUUUGUUAUAUUUUAAUAAUAAAACUUUCUGAUAUAA